GAAGAGCAUAAACGUGUCUCCGUCCUGUUUUCUGCAUACGUGCAUAGUGUCCAACGAUGGGAAAACAAAUCCAGUGUGAGCGGAGAGGGAUUUAAAGGGCAAUCCAGACCACCGGAGGAGAGAGAGUGAGAGAGAGCCAAUGCUGAACUUGUAUGAGUACGGUGACAUCCAGAACUUUUUCUAGAAUGUCCAGCAAGAUCGUGUCAACCGACAACACUUCAGUUGUCAUCCAAAUAAAUCCAAAGGUGGCACAAGACAGUGUUAUUUCUGAUGAUGGGCAAGUUGAAAGAGUAUCACAUUGCAAUACUGUUCUUAAAGGAUUCCUCAAAGUACAACCAAAGGCAUUGGGGACUGUCCAGAUUAUGACCGGCAUGCUUGGCAUCUUAUUUGGUAUUGUUGGCAACAUCAACAACUACUAUUUCCUUGGUAUAACAAUAUAUAGUGGCAUAUUCUACUGGGGAUCCAUCAUUUACAUCAGUGCCGGCUCUUUGUCUGUUGCAGCAGCGAAUAAACUUAAUCCAUGCGUGAGACCCUGAUUCACAGUGAGGAGAUUUUACAGUCCAAAUGUUGCGAAGAAUUAAUUUCUUAUACUGUAGCUUGUGACGGCUAAAUAUUUUUUUCUUUAAGUAUUUUCUGUUGUUAGGGGCAUCUGAAUUGUUUAGAUUUUUAUGUUAUGACUAUUGGUAAACUGAAAAAUGUCUAUGUGAGAUUUGAGAUUUUUAAAUAUGGAGAAAAAGGAUAUGCUUCUAUCCAAUACGCUUUGUUUAAGCCCCAACUGUAUGUCAUUUAUUUUUAUUCUCAAAUGUCUGGCAUGGACCAAAGGUUGCAUUCUUUGAAAAAGACUCUAAAUGAGCUGAGUAUAUCCUGUAUGUUUAUUUUGUGUCUGAUAUCCAAAUGAGUCUUCUGAAGUUCUUCAUUUUUAGAAUGAAUCCACAACACAAAAUAAAUUAAAAAUGGCUAAUGAAUGUGAUCAACCUAGGAUCUGAAAUAUUUCCUACAAUUUUCUUUUUCUUUUUUUUAUGCAGUGGACAUUGCAGAUGUCUAACUUUGUCAAAAUACAUAAUUUUAAAACAAUGGAAAUGCGUAUAUUAUUGUGUUUAAGUACAAAUAUUAUUUUAAGGUUAAUGAUGGACAAAAACACAAAACAAAAA